AGUUAUGAGCAUGCGCAAAACUUCUAUUCUUAACCCUUUUCUAACUAAGUUUUGCAGCAAGAAUCUCUUACCACGUGUUGCCAAGAUGAUGAAAGCACCUAUUAUACUGUUGAAGGAAGGGACUGAUUCCAGCCAGGGAAAGUCUCAGAUUAUUAGUAACGUCAAUGCAUGCGAGGCUGUAGUUGAUGCUGUACGGUCUACACUUGGACCUAGGGGAAUGGAUAAACUAAUAGUUGACGGACACGGGAAAACUACUAUAUCAAAUGACGGUGCUACUAUUAUGAAGCUGUUGGAUAUUGUGCAUCCAGCUGCCAAGACUCUUGUUGAUAUCUCUUUAUCGCAAGAUGCAGAGGUCGGUGAUGGUACUACCUCAGUGGUCCUCAUUGCUGGUGAGAUACUAAAGAACUGCAAGCCGUUUGUCGAGGAUAAUGUCCACCCUCAGAUCAUAGUGAGGGGACUGAGGAGAGCAGCAGAGCUGGCACUGAGUAAACUGACUGAGAUAUCAGUACAAGUGAAGAAGGAUAACCCAGAGGAGCAGAGACAGCUCCUGGUAAAAUGUGCUGCUACUUCUCUGAGCUCGAAACUGAUCGCUCGUCAGAAAGAGUUUUUCUCUGAGAUGGUAGUGAACGCUGUUAGCUUGCUUGACGAUAUGCUCCCACUUAACAUGAUCGGAAUCAAGAAAGUGACAGGAGGAUCACUAGAGGAGUCCCAGUUGAUAGCUGGUGUUGCAUUCAAGAAGACAUUCUCUUAUGCUGGUUUUGAGAUGCAGCCAAAGAAGUAUCAGAAUCCAAGGAUAGCUCUCCUUAACAUUGAACUGGAGCUUAAAUCUGAGAAGGAAAAUGCCGAAAUACGCAUCGACAAUGUUGAGGAGUAUCAGAGUAUAGUCGAUGCCGAGUGGAGUAUACUUUAUGAGAAACUGGAGAAGAUAGUCGCCAGCGGAGCUAAAGUGGUCCUUUCCAAGCUACCGAUUGGCGAUGUCGCUACUCAAUAUUUCGCUGACAGGGACGUGUUCUGUGCUGGUCGGGUUGUUGAGGAAGAUUUGAGGCGGACCAUGAAAGCUUGUGGUGGCUCUAUUCAGACUACAGUCAAUAACCUCACCACUGAUGUAUUGGGAUCUUGUGAGUCGUUUGAAGAGCAACAAAUCGGAGGAGAAAGAUACAAUUUAUUCAAAGGCUGUCCAGAGGCAAAGACGUGCACGUUCAUAUUAAGAGGAGGAGCUGAACAAUUCAUUGAAGAAACAGAGAGAUCACUCCAUGAUGCCAUCAUGAUUGUGAGGAGAACAAUAAAGAAUGAUGCAAUAGUAGCUGGUGGUGGAGCAGUUGAGAUGGAGCUAAGCAAGUACUUGCGUGAUUUCUCGCGGACUAUAGCCGGCAAAGAGCAGCUCAUCAUAGCAGCUGUUGCUAAAUCCCUUGAAGUCAUUCCUCGUCAGUUAUGUGACAAUGCUGGCUUUGACUCUACCAACAUUCUAAAUAGACUGAGGCAGGCCCACGCUCAAGGUAAAAUGUGGUUUGGUGUUGAUAUCACUCGUGAAGACAUUGCUGAUAAUUUCUCUUCAUUCGUUUGGGAGCCAGCCAUUGUCAAACGUAACUCAAUCACAGGAGCCAUUGAAGCCGCCACACUCAUCCUCUCUGUUGAUGAAACCAUUAGGAACCCAAAGUCAUCAUCUGACGGACCCCCAGGGGCCCUCCCUUCACGUGGGCGGGGAGGAAAGCCACGUAGAGACCUUCCCUAAUAUAAUAUUGAACUGUAUUUUGAUGAUUUCAGUUGUUGAGGAUUACAUGUAUUAUUAUCAUUAUUAUUAUUAUUAGUAUGAUAGUUGAUGUUUUGUUUUGAAAAUGGGUUUUCCAAUAGAUGCUACUUUUAAUUAAA